AUGAGUUGUCAAAUAGUAUCUGGAACUGUUGGAGAUUCUGCUAUUGUUUCGUCAGUUUCUCAUGGCUAUCAUGCUGCUUCUGGUGGUGGAGAUGGACCUUGUGCCAAAAAGGAACCUGUCAAUGUUAUCCAAAGACGUAUAAAAUUACAGGAACAAUUAAUGCAAGAAGGUAAAACAAAGUCAUUUAUUUAUACAAUUCAAAAAACAUGCAUUGAUUUUUCUUUACGAUUAAUACUUUCACCAAUUGCUACCACAAGACAUUCAACAGUUUAUAAAGCUUACUGUACUCCUAUUCAAAAAUAUGUUGCUGUGAAAAUAAUUGAUUGCAACAUGAUACCGCAAGAAGUUGUAGAAAAAUUUUUAAAAAGAGAAAUGGAGAUUACAUCUAAAGUUAAUCAUCCACAUUUAGUAAAAUGCUAUGCUGUUUCUCAUCCAUGUUCUUCAAAAUAUGUAACGGUAGCAGAGUAUUGUGAAUGUGGUACAUUAUUAGAAUUUAUGAACAAAUAUUCACCAAUAUCUGAAAAAUUAGCAGGAAAGAUCUUUAGACAAAUAUGUGAAGCACUAAAUUAUUUACAUACUAGAAACAUAUGUCAUCGGGAUAUUAAACUUGAAAAUAUUCUUUUGGAUUCUAAUUAUAAUGUUCGUUUAGCUGAUUUUGGUUUUUCCAAGUAUUGUUGUCGUUACGACUUGUCUGAAAGUUACUGUGGAACAGAACCUUAUUCUAGUUUAUCAUUAUUAAAGCGUAAGCCAUAUGAUGCAUUUUCUGCUGAUUGGUUUGCAGCUGGUAUUUUACUUUAUACAACGAUAUUUUGUUCAUGGCCAGAGAAUGCUUUAAUCAGAGAAUCUAAUAAGUUAGAUAGGUUACAAUUUCCAAAAAACAAUAGAAGCCAAGAAUGUAAAGAGUUAUUGACAAAUCUUUUAUGUUUAAAUGAUAAAAAUAGAUGGACUUAUAACGAAAUUAUUAAUUGUAAAUGGAUGAAAUUAAAUGGCAAAAAUUGGAUUAUCAAUGAUUCUUACAUUGAAUAUGUAAUGAAAUAA